AUGAAGUUCACUUUGAUCACCUCCGCUAUCCUGGCCGCGGCCGGCCUAGUCUCUGCUGAUGGCGUUGGAGACAUCGUUUCUGGUGCUGAGAGCCUCGGCAAUUCUAUCGCCACAGGUGCCGUGUCUGGCGGCGAGGCUAUUGCUUCCGCAGCCGAGACCUACGCCAACAGUGUCGUCUCUGAUGCCAACAGCAUCGCUUCCAAUGCCGAGAGCAAGUGGUCCACCUGGACCUCCGAUGUCACCACCACCAACUCCAACGGCGAGACUACUACCGUCCCUUCCACUCUGACCUCCCAGGUCUCUGCCACUGCCACUGAUGCCACCGCUACUGGCACCUCAACUUCGGGCUCUUCCUCCACUUCUAGCUCGUCCAGCUCCUCCAGCUCUACUGGUACCAACGCUGCUCCCCACGCGACCGGCAUGGGUGUCGCUGCUGCUGGUAUUGCCGGUGUGGUCUACGUCAUGGCCGCUCUAUAA